AUGGGUAUCUUCGGGAAGAAGAAGCCCCCGGCGGCCGCGCCGCCACCUCCCGCCGCGACGCGGGCCAACCCAAAGUCCCCUCGCGUCGACGACGCCCACCCCUCGCCCCGGGCGACGCCCAAGGGCGAGCGCGACGCGAGCGACGGGAGCCGGUCCGACUCGUCCAGCGCGUCGAGCUCCUCCGACUCCGAGGCGGAGGAGACGGACGCGCCCGCGAGUUUGCCGACGUACGAGGGGACCCCGUGCACCAUGCGCCUCGCCAUCGGCGUGGACGGCGGGGGCACCGGCACGACGUGCGUCGUCAUCGGCGACGACGACGACGAACACCUGGGACGAUGCGAGCUGCGCGACCGGAGCGCCAACGCAAACUCGGUCGGGUUCGAGAGCGCGCUCCGCGCGGUGCUGGACGCGAUCGACGGCGCCCUCGACGACGCGCUGAGCGGCACGCGGUGGAAAAAGGAGGACGUCACGCUCGGCGUCGACGACGCCACCGCCGGGAGGCGCGCGCUCGCGGUGGUGUGCGCGGGGAUCGACGGCGACGGCGAUGCGACGCGGUUAAGAAACGCGCUCGUCGCGCGCGUGCCCGGGCUCGCGCGCAGACUCGUCGUGGACAACGACGCGGCGGGCGCGCUGGCGAGCGGAACGGAGGGUGCCAUGCGGGGUAUCGCGCUCGUGGCGGGGACCGGCACCGUCGCGUUCGGGGUGGGUUUCAGCGGCGGGACGGACGACGACGGGGAUCAAUCGACGGAGCGACGUAAAAGAAGAGGCGUCCGCGCUCGAGCGGGUGGCUGGGGGCCCGCGUUCGAGGACAGGGGCAGCGGGCACCACCUCGGCACCAGGGCGCUCAACGCGGCGGCGCGGGUGGAGGACGGCCGGGGUCCGCCCACGCGGCUGCACGGGGACGUCCUUCGUAAACUUAAGCUCGCGCCCGGCGCACCGAACGUCGCGGACGCGUUGCGAAGGUGGGCGUACUCGAGCGGACCGGCGCCGGAGUGGUCCAAGGUUGCCGACCUGGCGCCGCUCGUGACGGCGGCGGCGGCGGAAGGGGACGCCGUGGCCGUGGGUAUCGUGAACGACGCCGCGGAGGGUCUGUGGGAGCAGAUAUUCGCCGUGUACAUGGCCAUCAAACGCGGUGGCGGCUUUGGCUCAGCCGCCGACGCGGGCGACUCGUCAAAGGCGUCCAGGCAGUACUCGGACGCGGACAUCGUGCCGAUCGUGCUGUGCGGGGGUUUGUUGAAGCGGGACGGGGUGCUGACCAAAAAGUUGGGGGAGUCGCUGAUGGCGAGGGAGUCCGGCAGGACCGGGAUGUUCAGCGGCCUUCUGGUGCAUCCGGAGGUUGGUCCCGAGUGGGGCGCCGCGUGGAUGGCUCGCAAACUCAUGGACCCCUUCGGGCGGUGA